UCAGAGCACGCCGCCCCCGCAGGGCUGAUGCAGCAAGCCCUUCGCGAAACUAACCAACGAUCGUGUUACGAACUUUCCUAUAGUGCCAAUGCGAAAUUAUCAUACGUCGUUCCUGCGUUCGCGACGUCUGCCUCGCUUUUUUGGAUAGUGCAUUUAAUAUUUGGAAAUUAAGAAGCGCACUUAAGAAAAAUGGGUAGCAGUGAAGGGCAACAGACGUUUUGCCUGAAGUGGAACCACCACAAAACUAACCUGGUGGAGAUUCUGGAGGCGCUCAUCAAAGUCGAGACUUACGUCGACUGCACUCUGGUCGUAGAUGAUCAGGUCACCUUCAAAGCGCACCGAGUUGUGCUAGCAGCCAACUCGCCGUACUUUCAGUCCAUUCUGGCUGACGUGCCUAUGGACCAUUGCAGCAUCCUCUUCCCCGGCGUCAAGGACUUCGAGAUGCGCGCCCUACUCGAGUACAUGUACACGGGUGAAGUGAACGUGACUCAGGCGCACAUCCCACGCAUUAUGAAGGUGGCGGAGGAGCUUGAAGUUAAGGGCCUGUUCGACAUGACCGAACUACGCCGUCGGCCUGGCAGCAGCGAGCGUACGCCGGCCGCGUCACCGCCCAGAGUAGUGCCCGCCGCGCCCUCAAGUGUUUCACCUCCCGUCCCCGUUCCCGUGCCUAAUUGUCGCUGGCCGCCUCCACCAACCGCGCCAGUGCUGUCCGCCGCCUACGAAUCCCCCGAUAUGAACCCUCUAAAGCGAAAAAAACUAUCCAGCAUGUUAGCCACUCGAGAUACUCCGAUUUUGCGCAACGUCCUGGCUCAGACUACCCCCGUUGAUUCUUCUCAGCCGAUGUCUCUAGUCUGCCAUCCUGUGAAUCAGCACGUACCUCCUCGCCUUCACUCCAACGGUUCUGCUCACGAAACUGACCGUCCCCCAAGCCCCCAACGCCCUUUCGAUUAUCGUCCUCGCAGACUGUCCUCUAGAGCCUCCUCGCCCCACUACAACAGAUCCGAUCGCUCCGAAGACGCUCAUUCACCGUACACAGAACGUUCUUUCGAAGAAGAAAAUUCCCGCAAUUUCCACUCAUCACCUCCACCGCCGAAUUUCCAACAAGACGUAAGAGCAGGUCUAGCGCCCUACGUACCGCCGCAACAGAAACCGGAAUGGAAACGAUACAAGCAGUAUACGAGAUCCGAUAUAAUGUCUGCAAUCGAAUGCGUUAGGAACGGCAUGAGUGCGUUGCAAGCGUCGCGAAAAUACGGAGUACCUUCGCGCACUCUGUAUGACAAAGUUAAGAAACUCGGUAUUACAACGAGCCGACCUAUGAGCCGAGGCGUAAAGAGGGAAACGAACGGAGCCGCCUUCCCCUAUGGUUUAAGUGGCACGGGAGGCAACGACGAAGGUUCGCCAACCACACCGCUGCUGGAUCCAUCUUUUUUGCAACAAGCAUUGGAAGGCGCCACAAGGGACGGCGGGCGGGAGGCAUUGCACGCCAUGGCUCUGGCCGCGGCGGCACACGCCGCGCUCGCGCCCCGCACGCCGCCUCGCUCCGCACCGCACUCGCCACGUACGCCACCGCCCGACGACGACCAUGUCGAAGACCUCUCGGUUGCGCGACGCAGAGACGUUGAUCCCCCUGCCGGAGUUAUCGUGCCGCCGCGAAAUUUUGCGCUCGACUGCAGCAGCGAAAGAGAUUGAAUCGCCGCUAGAGUCGAUUGCGAACAUUGGAAAAGACUGACUUAGGCGUACAAAGUUAGAGUAAGCACCGACCGCUAGGCUGCCGCCGGGCGCUCCGGCCGGGCGAUUGCAAUGGGCCCCGCGGCCACUUAUAUUCUACCUCUCUUCUUCUCUAUUUAUUUCUAAACGUCACCGAAGCCGUCGACGAAAUAAAAUUUCCGUCCAACGGCGUGGCGUGUCUUUUGUGAUUUUGUUUGUUUAUUUUCUUCUCUUUUGGUUUUUUUUAUGUUUUAUAACAUUUACGUCUUUGUUAAUGGGUUAGCGAAUAGGUUAGCUUUAAUUAGCGAGUAAGUAUAUUAUAAUCGAAGCUAGGACCGGAAAGGGCGCGGUGAGGCGGGCCGCGCCGGCCGCGCCGAGACGCCUUGCUGGCCCGACCGACGUGUUAUCGUGCAAUUGUUGUCCGCGACUGUGAUGUUUAUAGACUGAAACGCCGCCAUUACCUCACGUUUGCUGCAGAUUAGCUCUAGUCGGAGUACCGCGCGGUGCCGCCGCGUCGUCUCUGCGGCUUCGCGACGCACCGUGUCGCGUGCGCGCUCAUACAACUACAACAAGCGACGUAUUUAUAAUAUCUACCUAAUAAUUCCUAAAGUUGUGGUUUAAGAUUAAUAAUAAUUGUUUGCGAUUUGCCAUAAUUGUUCAUUGUUGAUGCCUAGAUGUAUUCACGUUGUCGUCGAUUGAUUUGCACUCGCACGAACUUUCUUAUUAGAGUUAGCGUGUUUUAUCACUAAGUAGGUGUGGAUGCUCAAUAUUUUAACAUAAUUUAAAUGACUAAUAAUUUUAAUGAAAGGAUAAUUGAUAAUGACUCGUGAAAACCUUAAUACGUAAAAAUUAAUUUAAAAGAUUUUAUGAAAUCGAUAACCUAAAAUUGUAAAAAAAUGCAC